AUGGAAGAAAUGAUCAAGUUGAAUGAAACUACAUGGAGCCAGGUGACUGAAUUCAUUCUCAUGGGCAUCACAAGUCGUUCUGAACUACAGGGCCCCCUAUUUGUUGUGUUUUUCUUCAACUACAUGGCCACAGCUCUGGGGAAUCUUGGUCUAAUCAUGUUAACCAGCAUUGAUUCCCAUCUCCAAACUCCCAUGUACUUUUUUCUCAGGCAUCUAGCACUUGUUGAUGUAGGUUAUUCUACAGCUGUUGGUCCAAAAAUGCUGAUCAGUUUCAUACUUGGGGAAAAUACCAUUUCCUUCAUUGGAUGUGCAGUGCAACUAUUUUUCUUUGGAAUAUUUAUUGCCUGUGAACUUUUUAUCUUGUCAGCCAUGGCCUAUGACCGCUAUGUUGCUAUCUGUAAGCCCCUCCUCUAUAUGGUCAUCAUGUCAGAAAAGGUUUGUUGGAUCUUGGUAGUUAUUCCAUACCUCUGCAGCACCAUAGUAUCACUAUUGGUCACAAUAAAACUUUUUAAAUCAUCCUUCUGUAAAUCUAAUAUAUUAAGACAUUUCUAUUGUGACAGUCUUGUUUUACUGUCCAUUAUAUGUUCAGAUACAAGUGAAAUUGAAUUAAUCAUCAUGAUCUUUGCUGCAUUUAGUUUGGUUUCAUCCCUCGUUAUUAUCCUUAUCUCUUACAUCUUCAUUAUUGUGGCUAUUCUUAGCAUGAAAUCUUCUGAGGGCAGAUACAAAACAUUUUCUACCUGUGGUUCUCACCUCACAGGGGUGGUUGUAUUCUAUGGGACACUUGUUUUCAUGUACCUGCAACCCCAUUCUAGCCACUCUUUUGAUAUAGACAAGAUGGCUUCUGUGUUUUAUACCCUGGUCAUUCCCAUGCUCAAUCCACUGAUCUACAGUUUGAGGAACAAAGAGGUGAAGGGUGCAUUGAAAAGAGUUUUGCAAAAAAUGAUGUAAUCAUUCUUUUUAAUAUCUAAAUUAGAGUUUGAUUCCACUGAAUUAUUAGAAGCCAGUAAAUUUCUGCUUGAUUUCUUAAUUAAUUUCUUCCCAAUUCUCCUAAAUCUUUUCUUAAAAUAAAAAUGUCUCUUCCAAUAUACAAUCAGAAUGAUUUUUUUCUUGUUAGUUUGCUUUCAGUUGUAACUUCAGAUACUUUUUAGUUUUGUGCAUCUUUGGCUUGAUUGGACCUAAAAAAUACUAAAAAUAAAUUCUAUAUUUUACUUAACCCUAAAUUAAAAAAUUAAUAAAAUUAAGGAAAAUGUAAUUUUAAAGCAUUUACUUCACUUAAGUCACUGAGAUAAUACAGCACAAAUAGAAGUAGAAAUCAAUCAAAGCACUAAAGGA